AGAGAAUACCAAAAGGUAAAAAGAAAAAACUAUUCUCCGCCGGUUUCUUCCCUCGCCGGCGUUUAUACAGUCAUCGUCACUGUUACCACCAUAGAACCUUACUGUAUCAGUUAAAAAAUCAAAGAUCAUUGGAUCUUCUUUCAUUCUCAUCUCUCAUCUACAAUCCAUUAUUUAUAAUAUAAAAUAUAAUUUUCUGUAAGAUCUGUGAAUAAAAAAAUGAGGCAAUGGUUGCCAGCGUUACGUGAAUCAGUAACGCAAGAGUAGUGCAUAUGUAUUUGGUCACGACUAAGUCCCUUUCCUCGUCUCUUCUUCUUCUCUCUUUCACAUGUUCAUAACAAGUUUGGGAAACACGACCACAUUUUUGAUCUCGUCAGCAAAGAUUUGUUAAAUUAAGAAACCCUUUGCUUCUUCUUCUCUCAGUAUUUAAUCUGCUGAAGAUCUUGAAGCUCAAACCUUCCUCUGCUACAGACUCUCAGGGAUCUGCCGGCUACAAUAGUCCGGUGGAUUAUUAGACAAUGGCGUCUAAUAAUCAUUUCACAAGCAGUAGAUCUAAUCUAUCAACAAACUCUGACGCUGCUGAAGCCGUGAGGAACCAGCAGCAGCCACCUGGUGUGACAUUUGCUCGAAGAACAUCCUCUGGACGCUAUGUCAACUACUCAAGAGAUGAUCUCGAAAGUGAACUCGGAAGUGUUGAUUUCACUAACUACACAGUUCACAUUCCACCAACUCCUGAUAACCAGCCCAUGGAUCCAUCCAUCUCUCAGAAGGUUGAGGAGCAGUAUGUGUCCAGCUCCUUGUUCACUGGUGGUUUCAACAGUGUGACCCGUGCUCAUCUUAUGGACAAAGUGAUUGACUCUGAGACCAGCCAUCCGCAGAUGGCGGGUGCUAAAGGCUCAUCUUGUGCCAUUCCUGGUUGUGAUGUGAAGGUGAUGAGUGAUGGGAGAGGUCAAGAUCUGCUUCCUUGUGAGUGUGACUUCAAAAUCUGUAGAGACUGCUUUGUGGAUGCUGUGAAAGCAGGAGGUGGGAUGUGUCCAGGGUGUAAGGAACCUUACAGGAACACUGAUCUUACAGAUUUGGCUGAGGACAACAAUGUGCAGCAGAAGCAGAGGCCUAUGCUUCCUCCACCAUCUGGUGGUGGCUCGAAGAUGGAUAGAAGAUUGUCAUUGAUGAAGUCAACUAAGUCUGGUUUGAUGAGGAGUCAAACUGGGGAUUUUGAUCAUAACAGGUGGUUGUUUGAAACAAGUGGGACUUAUGGUUAUGGUAAUGCUUUCUGGACAAAAGAUGGGAACUUUGGUAGUGACAAGGAUGGUAAUGGGGGACAAGGUAUGGGACCGCAGGAUCUGAUGAGCAGACCGUGGAGACCGCUUACUAGAAAACUGCAGAUUCCUGCAGCUGUUAUCAGUCCUUACAGGCUUUUGAUAUUUAUAAGAAUCGUUGUUCUUGCACUGUUCUUGAUGUGGAGGAUUAAGCACAAAAACCAAGAUGCAAUAUGGCUAUGGGGGAUGUCUGUAGUUUGUGAGCUUUGGUUCGCCUUUUCUUGGCUUCUUGACCAGCUUCCAAAGCUAUGUCCAAUAAACCGAGCUACAGAUCUCAAUGUUCUUAAAGAGAAAUUCGAAACACCUACACCAAGCAACCCGACAGGGAAGUCUGAUCUCCCUGGACUAGAUAUGUUUGUAUCUACAGCAGAUCCAGAGAAAGAGCCUCCACUUGUCACUUCCAACACCAUUUUAUCCAUCCUCGCUGCUGACUACCCUGUAGAAAAGCUUGCUUGCUAUGUCUCAGACGAUGGAGGAGCGCUUCUGACGUUUGAAGCCAUGGCUGAAGCAGCUAGUUUUGCAAACAUAUGGGUUCCUUUCUGUCGUAAACACGAUAUAGAGCCGAGGAAUCCUGAUUCUUAUUUUAGUCUGAAGAGAGAUCCUUACAAGAACAAGGUGAAGUCUGACUUCGUUAAGGAUAGGAGAAAGGUGAAGCGUGAGUAUGAUGAGUAUAAGGUUAGGAUCAAUGGCUUGCCUGACUCUAUUAGGAGACGUUCUGAUGCUUAUCACGCGAGGGAAGAGAUUAAGGCCAUGAAGCAGCAGAGACAGAACAAAGAGGAUGAGAUUGUAGAGCCUGUUAAGAUUCCUAAAGCUACUUGGAUGGCUGAUGGUACUCACUGGCCUGGAACUUGGCUUAACUCUGCUCCUGAUCAUUCCCGUAGUGACCAUGCUGGUAUCAUUCAGGUGAUGUUGAAGCCACCUAGUGAUGAGCCACUACAUGGAGUAUCCGAAGGGUUCUUAGAUCUUACAGACGUGGACAUUCGUCUUCCACUUCUAGUCUACGUCUCCCGUGAGAAACGACCAGGUUAUGACCACAACAAGAAAGCAGGAGCCAUGAAUGCUCUUGUCAGAGCUUCUGCAAUCAUGUCCAACGGUCCAUUCAUAUUAAAUCUCGACUGUGAUCAUUACAUAUACAACUCUCAGGCUUUAAGAGAAGGAAUGUGUUUCAUGAUGGACAGAGGCGGUGACCGUCUUUGCUACGUUCAGUUCCCGCAACGUUUUGAAGGCAUUGAUCCCUCAGAUCGGUACGCUAAUCACAACACUGUCUUCUUUGACGUCAACAUGAGAGCUCUCGAUGGUUUGAUGGGUCCUGUCUAUGUGGGAACGGGUUGUCUCUUUAGAAGAAUCGCCUUGUACGGGUUUGACCCGCCUCGGUCUAAAGAACACCAUCCAGGAUGCUGUAGCUGUUGCUUCCCUCGCAAGAAGAAGAAGAGCCGUGUCCCUGAAGAGAACAGAUCUUUGAGAAUGGGUGGUGAUGACUCUGAUGAUGAUCAAGAGAUGAAUCUUUCUUUGGUUCCAAAGAAGUUCGGAAACUCAACUUUCCUUAUAGAUUCAAUCCCUGUCGCUGAGUUCCAAGGCCGUCCUCUCGCUGAUCACCCCGCUGUGCAAAACGGUAGACCUCCAGGUGCUCUCACCAUCCCUCGUGAGCUUCUAGACGCGUCAACGGUUGCAGAAGCUAUAGCAGUCAUCUCAUGUUGGUAUGAAGAUAAAACCGAGUGGGGGUCUAGGAUUGGUUGGAUUUACGGGUCAGUUACUGAAGAUGUUGUCACUGGUUAUAGAAUGCAUAACCGUGGAUGGAAGUCAGUUUACUGCGUGACGAAACGUGAUGCUUUCCGUGGCACAGCUCCUAUAAACUUGACUGAUAGGCUUCACCAGGUUCUUAGAUGGGCUACUGGCUCUGUUGAGAUCUUCUUCUCAAGAAACAACGCCUUCUUGGCGAGUCCAAGAAUGAAGAUUCUUCAAAGAAUCGCUUACCUUAACGUUGGAAUCUAUCCUUUUACAUCAAUCUUCCUUAUAGUAUACUGUUUCCUCCCUGCGCUCUCACUCUUCUCAGGGCAGUUCAUAGUCCAAACACUUAAUGUUACCUUCCUCAUCUACCUUCUGAUCAUCUCCAUCACGUUGUGUUUACUAGCUCUCCUCGAGAUCAAAUGGUCAGGAAUCUCACUCGAGGAGUGGUGGAGGAACGAGCAGUUCUGGCUCAUUGGUGGAACAAGUGCUCAUUUAGCUGCGGUUAUCCAAGGACUGCUCAAAGUGGUGGCUGGAAUCGAAAUCUCUUUCACAUUGACGUCUAAAUCAGGAGGAGAGGACGUGGACGACGAGUUUGCUGAUCUCUACAUAGUGAAAUGGACUUCUCUCAUGCUCCCACCAAUCACUAUCAUGAUGGUGAAUCUUAUAGCUAUUGCGGUUGGGUUUAGUAGGACGAUAUACAGUACGAUUCCACAGUGGAGUAAGUUGAUAGGAGGAGUGUUCUUUAGUUUUUGGGUGUUGGCUCAUCUUUAUCCGUUUGCUAAAGGGCUUAUGGGGAGAAGAGGGAGGACUCCGACCAUUGUUUAUGUUUGGUCGGGACUUAUUGCUAUCACCAUAUCUCUGCUUUGGGUGGCUGUUAAUCCACCUGCUGGUUCUACUCAAAUUGGAGGGUCUUUCACUUUUCCAUGAGUUAAUAGGUUUGGUUUCUCGAUCAGUCUCUUUACCUCUCUCUGUUAGUUUCAUUCUUCUGUCCAAAGAUGAGAGAGACUUGCAAGAGACUGAUGGGUUUCAACAGAGGUUGGCCAAGAAGAACACAAAGUAAAGUUUGAGCCAAACAAAAUAUAGAGCAAGUCAACAACUUGUCUCAUUGUCUUUGACACUAUCCUUAUCUCUCUUUGAUUUUUUGCUGGAAAGGACAAUUUUCUUUUUAAAUUUGAUGAUAAAGUUAUUUAUGCAGGAUACUGUUAAUCUAUUAUAUGCAAUUUUUCCUUAAGAGAUUUCUUGAUUCAUUUAGGCUUAUUUGAUAAACAGAAAAAAAU